UCACUGCCUUUGUGUUUGCCCUCCAAAACUUCUACACCAGGAUCUGGCUACUCAUUCUUGUUGAGCUAAAGCAAUGCAGAAGAGUCGCAAGAUGAAGAAGCCUCCCGUUUUCCCCAAAGAUAAAAAUGGGAACCGCCGUGCGAUUGGUUAUGAUGAUCUCCAGUCGGGCUUCCCAAAGAUCGUAGAAGAAGGAAGAAAUCAAGCAAAAGACAGAGAAUUCUCACUGCCAAAUUCUGACUCGUUCAGGAAGAAGGUGGGGAUGAAAGAAAGAAAGAACAAGACAUGGAAGAGGUCGCUAUCCUCCUGGUUUAAGUUUCAUCAGAAGAAGGCAGCAGAGGAAGCACCACCGACAACCAAGUUCUCCAAGGGCUCGAAUCCUUUGGAUACAGAGCGCAGUUUGUUCUCAGGUCCAUUGUUUGGAAAUAGUAGAAGAUUUGGAAUGGUUCAGCAACACAAUUGGCUCGCUGCUUCAGGACCUCUUGCUUGCUGCUUCACUCCUACAAGAGCAGAGGAAACUGAGGUGCCUUACAUGUACUUGGACAAUCACAACAAUCCUGUGGGAACUCAGGCGUUUGGUCCUGUUUACCUGGUAACCUAAGCCAUGAAGAAGCUCACCUCAGAAGAACGCAAGCAUGAGUGCCACUUAUAUACGAGCUCAUGUGUGUGGUCGAUAGACUAUUAUUCCAUGACAGUGGAGGAACUGUGAGAGGUUGUCGUUCUUGUGGUUUUGCUGGUUUCACAGUUUCUGCUUGAAAUGCAUCAAUGAUCUUUAAA